AUGGCACGAUUCGGCGCUGCUCGAACCGCCUCCAUCCUCAUCACCCUCUUCGGCGCAGUGUCCAACGCUAUCCUCACAAUCCAGGUCCUCGCGGCGUGGCGGUCAAUCAGGUGGGAGACGGAGAGCGAGUGGGAGUCGAGGGGCGAUAAGUGGCAGCUCGAUGGCGUAAAGGUCAUUUGGGGCCUUCUCUUCAUAUACUUCGCCUCUGCCGCAUCUGUCUGUGCGGUCGGCCUCCAUGGCGUCCUCAAGAGCAAACCCUCCCAUGUCCGCUUCUACCGCGACUACUCCAUCGCGGACUUUUCCCUGUGCACGCUGUGCUCGAUAUUGAUGACCUACGCCGCCUUCCUCAAGCCUGCCCGCGCGGGUGUCUGCGAGGAGUUUUCGCAUCACCCGGAGCUCAUGCGGGACAUGCUCGAGAUGGGGCUUAACAUCGAGAACUGCGAGCUCUGGCUCGAGCGAGCCGUAUUCGGCCUUAUUGCAUUCCUAUUCGUGAUGAUGGUCGUCCGUCUCCAUUUCCUGCUCGCCGUGUCGAAUUAUUAUUCGCAUCUCGCAAGGCAUUCGUACCACCACCACCAGCGCACUUCCUCAUGUUCGACGAUUCCCGCGUGCUCCUCAAACUCAGCAGGAGUAGCGUCGGGGUCCACACACUCCCUCCUCCAUUCCCAUUCCUCCUCUCAAUCCCACCCGCUACAGCGCAUCUACCUCCUCCCUAACACCCAGCACCACACCCUCGCCGGAUCCACCGGGUCCAACGACCCGGAGAACGGCGCCCUCGAGAUGGUGUACGCCCCCGUGCCAAGAAGCUCCCUGCCGAAAGACCUGCAGGAGCAAGCGACUGAGGCCUGGGUCUCGACGUCCAACGCCCGUCUCGCGGAUACAGAGGUGCGGCACCACAAUCACCACCACCACCGAAGACAUCGCAACGGCCAUGGCCAUUACUCUCGCCACCGAAGCUCCUCAAGAGAGACGACGGGCCGCAUCAAGCUCGAUAUUGCGGAGGGCGAGGGCUUGCUGCCUGUGUAUGAGCCGAUCGGCGCCGAGGGCAAGGUGUGA